AUGUCUAAUGAUGAUGAAGUUACAUCAUUGAGUUCUUCAUCCUUUUUCUCCCAACCACCGCUGCUCUCGCGUGUAGUUCAGUGUAGUGAUGCUAGUGUGAUGUCUGCACGUGUUCUGGUGUUGGGGGACGUAUGCAGUGGGCGUACAUCUGUAGCUUUAGCCGCUGCGAAGGCCGGAACUCGUCUUCAUUUAACAUCUGAUUAUCGAUCUAUUUUCGCAGGAAGUUGUUUAACGUAUUUGUAUCGUUCUUCUGUGGCAAGACGAAAAGAGUGUUUGUAUGUAAGUGUGGUGGAUACAGGAUCUGUACCACGAAAUAGUGGUGUAUCCCAUCGUUUUUUGCCUUUUUGUGAUACUGUUGUGAUUACCUUUUCAUUAACAGGUAUCAAGCAAAAUUUUAAAGUUUCAAAAAGUGUUUUUCCUUUUUGGGGAAGUAGUAAAGGUAAGAGUAGUAAUAGUACUGGUCUACCUGUUUUUGUACAUGAUAAUGAUCGUACACUUCUUCAUGAUUUACUUUCAAUGGUAGGAGCUCAUUUUGCCCAUAGUGGUGAAGUUCCUAGGAUUAUUUUAAUUGGUACUUUUAAAGAUUUAUUAACGUAUGGGUCACCAGAUGAUGUUGAGGUACUUCUUAAAGAGUUACGAUCUAUUUGUAAUGAUUAUUUGAGUUUAUUGCAACAGAGAUUAUUUGUGAGUGCUGUAUUCGCUGUGAAUGCUUUACAAGGAUCUUGUAUCUCAGAAAAUAGAGGUGGUCCUAAUACUCUUUCUGGUAUGUGGAGUUUUAUUUAUGAUCUUACUCUAAAGGAUAUGAUGUUACGUCAACCUUUUAUUUCUAAUUCUUCACAGUCAUUCUUUAAUGAAUUUCGAUGGAGAAGUCAUUCAUCAAUGUUUUCACGUUUAAUGUAUGAUUCGUUUUCUCUACCAGAUGAAGAAGUAAUAGAGAAAUUGAAAUCUAUUCAAGAGAGUAAAGAUGGUACAGGUUGUAAUAAUUCACAAGUUGUUUCUUCAGUUGAUCCCCUUCUUGAUUGUAUCAAUAUUAAAAUUUUUAAACUCAUUUUUCGCACAAAAGCAGAACGUAAAAUUGUUUUCAUUAAACUUAACACGUUAUUUAGGCUAAUGUAUUCUCAUGGAUUACAACGUAAAAGAUAUUUGAGGUUAACGUUACAACAAUUACAUAAUAUUGGUGAAAUUGUUCUAUUUCGAUAUCAUCAUGAAUCUUUAGCAUCACAAGAUGCUUGUAUUUGUAUUCAUCCUCAUUAUAUUAAUCUUGCUCAGGGAACUAUAUUUUUGUAUUCCAGUUACAUUACAAAUCAUUCUGAAAAAUAUAGAAAACUAUUAACAACGGGUAUUGAUUUGCAAGAAUGUUUACGAUGUGAUCCUCAGAAUAAUGUUUCACGUGGUAUAUUUUCACGAUCAUUAUUAUUUAAAUUAGCUAGUAGUCUUGAAAUUGGUCGCUCAUCUAUUGAGGCAGCUGAUAUGUUGACAAUGUUGCUUAUACUUUCAGAUACAGCCUUUCUCAGACAUUGCCGUAGAUUUUCUUUGACAAGUAAAAAGUCCACCUCCGUUUCUUUUUCAUCUUCUAAUGAAGACAUACCUAUUGUACAUGUGUCAUCUUAUAAUCUUCCUGAUCCCUCUACAAGUGUUAUUUCAUCUGAGAAUUCAUUAACUAUAUCGGAAAAUCCAUCAAUGAUGCAUUCUGCUACUCCAAUGGUAAGAGAAGAGGGAUCAGUAGAGUAUGUUAUUCCGAGUUUAAUACGUAUGAAAUGUCCACGAGAAGUAAUUCAUUGUGUACGUCGUCUUGCUUCUUCCUUUAGUGGGACCAAUAGGGAAAAAAAUAAUUAUAUUAUUUCACGUAUAUUAGCCAUUCGAGCUUGUCCACCAGCUUUCUUUCCAAAGCUUAUAAUUCGUUUGCAUCGAUAUAUUGAUAUAUCUUCUCCUAUAUUUUCUCAAGCCCUUUGGUUAUCUGCUUUAACACCUUCUGGUGAGGCUUCACCCUUCUUGCAUAUAUUUAUUUACCAUUCAUCAAGUGAUGAGUGUAUAGAAAAUUCCGUAGAUGAAAGGGAAGACUACAGUGGUGCUGUCUCCUUUCUUGAAUUUUAUGCCUUUUCUAAUGUUGGGUAUUUACCUUUAUUACUAUUUCUUGAUGAUAUUACCCGACAUGUGGCAUCUUUGGUUCGUCAUGAAUUUCCUGGUAUGUCUACAUGGGCAACAAGUGGAGUUAAAGUGAAUGAAAAACACUCUGUAGGGGAUUCUAUGUAUACAGGAACUAUGAGAGGAAUGGAAAAACUCUCUGAGGUGAAUACCAUGUGGGAUUUGGAUAAUUUUUUACAUUCUCUUGAUUGGUAG